AUGGAGGCUCGUGGGCCAGGGCAAGCGACGCCGUUUGUGCGCGAGGAGGCGCCGACGGCACCCGGCAACGGGAUUCCGGGGGACGGAGGCAGCGUUCCCCCCUCGCCCCCUUCGGGAAGUGACGCCGGCGGUGCCGGCGGCCCGGGCGGCGAAGAGUCCGGCGACCCAGGUGGGGACGGCGGUAGCGAUGGUGAUCCCGGCGACUCCGAGAACCUCGAGGAGUUGAAGUAUGAUCCAGCCGACGACCGCUACCCCCGCGGGCUAGAAGGGAAGAAACUCCUCUGGGGCGCCUCGAACGCUGGCCCGCUGCGCCAUGGGCUUGACAGUGGCCGCACGCGGAAGCAGACCCGGGAGAUGCAAGGUGCCGGGGAGAUGCCGGGGCCCGGAGAAACACCGGACCCGGAAGAGGCAUUGCUGGCGACCAUCCUGGAAACUGGCGGGACGGGGAUUGUUGAGGACUACAUCUGCAACUCGCUUGUGAAGGAGCAGUGGGACGAGGAGCAGACACGCCGUAUGGAGGAGAUGUACAGGCACGAGAUGCAGGAGGUGUUGGGCCCGGAACAGGAGGUGUUCGGGGCCGAGGUCGACGCCAGCGGGCCUUCGCAAUCACUCCCAGACCCACAGCUAAGGCCGAAGAUAGAUGACCAGCCCGCGGUGGAUAAGCCUGUGAGGGAGGCGAUCGGAUGCCUGAUGUGGACGAAGCUGACGAGGCCAGACAUCGCCCUGCCUUUGAACAAGCUCGAGAAGAUCGCCCACUCACCCACCGGGAGGAUAUGGAACGCGCUUGUGCGGAUCAUGUCCUACCUGAACUUCACGAAGGACUUCGGCAUCACCUACGUACGGGGGUCAGGACUAGACCUAAGCGUGUUUGUCGAUGCCAGCUACGCUGACAACGAAGUAGACAGGCGUUCUACGACCGGGCUAGCUGUGACCGAGGCGCUGUUUGUGCGUGGCAUUCUGUCGUUCAUAGCGCCCGAGACGAGAGGGGUGAAGAUCAAGGUCCUCGAGGACAACAAGGCGGCUCGCCUUAAGCGAGAACCCGUUCAGCUCAGCAAAGAGUAAGCACAUCGACGUGCUGUUCAUUUCAUUCGCGAGCUAUUCACGUCGGGCAAGAUCACUGCAGAGUAUGUUUCGACUGCAGAGCAGCACGCCGACAUGCUGACCAAGGUCCUUGGCAGAGAGAAAUUAGAGUACCACAGGAAGGCUCUGAUGAACCUACCGAUGUAGUGUUCUCGUGUUCUGUUUGGUUUAUGUGGUGGUUUUAGCACUUGGCAUAUAUGACCAUGAACUUCGCGAGGCCGUCUUCGGCGCGAGAGAACAGAUAGAUUGAAUGAAUCUGCGGUGGAGCAAAUCCACUUCAUCCACUCGACCUUCAGUGUUGCGUCUCCUUGUACACAGUCGCUGCAGCCAAUCCUGCUGCUAGAAAGGCGCUUGGGCUGUAGGCCUACCCUCCCCCCUGAGGGUGCGUUGAUUAUGUUCUCCCUCUUGCCUAGCUGGUACGCAACACAUAGCGUGCAUC